GCACCUUCCUUCCAGUCUCCGGAACGGCUGCGACUUAACAACCGCGUUGUUUUGAAAGCCGCUGCCGCAGCCUGGGCGCCCGAGCUGCGGUGCGGGGCUUCAGCCACCCCGGCCCCCGGCCGCCCCCUGGGGCUUGCGCCUGCCCUGCCGCGGGAUUCGGGGAGCCUCGCGGGGGCGCUCCGGAGCGUCGCGGCUGUCCCGGGCUCCCAGGCCCGGAGCCGGGCGCCGUCGGAGGCCCACCCAGCCCGGACCCGCCCUCGGGGCCCGCCCGGCAGAACCUCGCCAUGCCGCCGGCCGCCGCGCUGCUGGGCCCGCUGGCCGGCCUGGCGCUGCUGCUGCUGCUGCUGCGGGCGCGGCGGAGGCGCGCCUGGAGCCCCCGCGCCUGCCCGCUCGACCUGCGCGGCAAGACGGCCCUGGUCACCGGCGCCAGCAGCGGGAUCGGCAGAUGCGUUGCUCUUGACUUGGCGCGCAGGAACGCACGCACCAUCCUGGCCUGUCGGGACCAGGAGAGGGGGCAGGCCGUGCUGGAGGAGAUCCACGGGGCCACCGGAAACCCCAACGUGCAGCUGCGGAUCCUGGACGUCAGCUCCUUGGCCUCCAUACGAGAGUUUGUUCGGUGCUUCUUGCAGGAGGAGGGGCAGCUGGACAUCCUAGUCAAUAACGCAGGAGUCACAGGCUUGCCCUUCAGGCUCACUGCCGAGGGCUUGGAGCUGACCUUUGCCACCAAUUUCCUGGGGCCCUUUCUGCUCACCAACUUGUUGCUGGGUGCCUUAAAGGCCUCCACCCCUGCGCGGAUCGUCAAUGUGUCCUCCUUUGUGCACCACAAGGGAACCGUGAAUAUCAAGUUCCUGACUGGCGAGGAGCGUCCCAAAAGCUCCGCCCAGGCCUACAACAGCUCCAAGCUCAUGAACGUGGUCUUCACUGCUGAGCUGGCCCGCAGGCUCCAGGGGACAGGAGUGACGGUCAAUGCCCUGAACCCGGGAGUUGUCAAGACAGGCAUCAUGCGCCAUUUCCACUGGGCCGUCCGCCUCUUAUUCAGCAUUUGCGGGAUCUUCAUGAAGUCAGCAGAACAGGGUGCUGCCAGUACACUGUACUGUGCCAUCUCCAAGGAAGUGGAGGGCAUCUCAGGCAAGUACUUUGAAAGCGACUGCAGCUUGGCACUGCCUUCAGACUACGCCCAAGACACAGGCAUCGCCCGCAAACUCUGGGAUGCUUCGGAGCAGCUGACGGGCCUCGAUAAUGGCGGGAGUCGCGGGACCAAGUGACAGCACAAGCCAGCCCCUCUCCCCUCAGCUGGGGCUUCUUCUGGGCCAGCCGAUUCUGCUGUGCUCGCCUGCUACCAGGUAGGCAGAGACACGCUCUGCAGGGAACUGCCUCUUUGGAAAGGGGCUUGGAGGGGGCUGUUGGUUCAAAAGGCUCUCACUCAUUCAUGAACCAGUGGCUCUGGCUGCACCGAGCACAUGAAGCCAGCGUUGCAACGUGAUUGCUUGCUUCCACAUGGGUUUCCUCCAAUUAAAAGCACAGCUUUUAGGCCCUCAAGUCCUGCAUGAGUGUUUUGAUAGAUAAGAAAUGGCCUACGCUGCCUUCUUCUGUAUAUUGGUGAUUGUGCUUAUCUAAUCAGCUCAAAAACAGAUUGAUUUUAAAUAAAGGUUUUAACCACUGCCUGAUUACA